GCGAGCUCGGUGGAGAUCUCAGAGCUCAGUCUGUUUUGCCGACGCAACUGGCAUCUGGGCUGUCUCCGGAAGGCGGACCGGCGAACGCCCAGUGCCCGUAUUCGACCUCCUGCUCCCUGCCUGCCGAGUCUGUCUGCGCCCGUGACAUCCUUACUCGGGACGCAGUGACCGUUUUUAAAUCACAAGGGCGUGGGUCAGCCUCCCCUAGGACUUCAUGUCUGUAUAUUUCCCCAUUCACUGCCCCGACUACCUGAGAUCGGCCGAGAUGACUGAGGUGAUGAUGAGCACCCCAUCCAUGGAGGAGAUUGGCCUCAACCCCCAAAAGGAUGGCCUUUCGUAUCAGAUCUUCCCCGACCCGUCAGACUUUGACCGCUGCUGCAAACUGAAGGACCGCCUGCCCUCCAUCGUGGUGGAGCCCACGGAGGGGGAGGUGGAGAGUGGGGAGCUGCGGUGGCCCCCCGAGGAGUUCUUGGUCCAGGAGGAUGAGCAGGACAACUGUGAAGAGACAGCGAAAGAGGACAAGGAGCAGUAGAGUCCCCACCGACUCCCACCGGGUCACACCAGACAGCAUCUGCACCUGAACUUGUGUUCUUUCCUAUUGUGAUGGAAGAAGAGAGUGAGCCAUAGUCGUUCGGGGACAUCAGACGAUGGCUUCUGUUUGCACCUGCGAGUCACUGAGUUGGUCUUCUUUCCUUUCCUUUUCUUUUGUUGAACUGUGUGGAGCAGUGGAGCCCUCUGCGACACUCUGCAAGGCCUUCUGAGAAAGGAAGCUGCUUAGAGCAGGGGUGGGGGGUGCGGCAAGCUUUGCUCUUUGAGAUCAUUAUCUGAACUCAAGCAGCUAGAGGCACUGGUGGGAUUCCACUGGGCUCUGGGGUUGGGGGGGGUUGUGGGGGAUGUUCACGGAGCAAGUAACACUUGGGGUAAGAAAACAAAUGUGAGACAAAAAAGAAAACACACGUUUUAAAGAAAACGUUGGGCAGAGACUUGCAGCCAGGAAGCACCACUCGGUGAGCGUUUGCUCCGGCUGCUGGGGCAUCAGACGACAAAGUCUUCAUUUCUCUCUCCGGCUUCACCCACCGCCAGCCUUUGCUUUUAUUUCGGGUGUGUUUUCUCUUACCGGGCAGGCGGGUAAAGGAGAGCAAGUAUAACCUGGCUGCCUGCAAAGCCAGCUGGAGGUGAUGCUCGCUAAAGGAAAAGGUCUCCCAUUCCUUCUCCGAGGACCCGCAGUUCCAGCUGUGGCAGGUCCUCAUACCUGCGGUCAUCUGGAGUAUUUUUCUAAUAGGCAGCAUUUUGGAGCUUCUCUCCCCCGUUUAUCCUUUUUGCCCAUCCCCACUCUGCCCUUUUGGGAGCAGUGGGACUACUGCCUGCCCUUGAUGGAGGACUGAUGUGGGCACUUGGUCCUCCCCAGCUGCUUCCCCUCAGAGACUUGCUCUGAGUCUGAGCAGAGGCACAGAGCAGGCGGGCUCUCCCAGGCUGGCCCCUCCCCCUUCCCACCAGGGCCCUGCCCUGCCCCAGGCCACAACCAUCAGGCAGAGGUGGCUCCCAGCCCUGCAGUGGGUUCCAGCCAGCCUGGUCAGCUGCAGUACCCACUCCCACAGGGACUCUUGGCCUGUUUUCCUGAUGGGAGCUGAGUGGAAAGCAGGAGGCUUUUUCUGUUUCUUGUUGGAGAGCUGAGUUUAGUGCAGGUCUGGAGGGCUGGUAAGCCUGGGAAUUAUUGGGCGGGGGUGAGGAGGCUCUUGUGCAGCAGCCUGGAGAUGGAGUUGAAACUGAAGUGUGUCACGACAUCCCUGGCCUCUCCCUGAGUGUUCUGGAUGCAGGUGGGAGGACAGCAUGGGGAGGGAGCGUGAAACGGGGGUCUUCAUCACUCCCCACCUCCCACCUGUCCCCUGCAAGGGCACAGUUACACCAGAAAGUUAGCCUUGGACUUAGAGCUUCGUAUAGUUCGGAACCACCAGGAGCGGCAGGAUACAGAACAAACCUCAAACCGUCUCUGUCUCAGAGAGGUCUGUGCCGCCAGGAGGGGGCCUCGAGAACCUCCCUGGGGCUGAACUCUGCCCAUCCAGGCACCCACAUGUCCCCUCAGGUGUCCAGUCAGUCCAGGGUGACCCCGGUUUUGAAUUUGCGUAUAAGGUUGUAUUUAAUACCUCAAGGGUAGUGUGGCUCUGGGGAACGUGGGGCGGGGGGCCAGGCUGUGCUGUGGACACAUCGGCAGGAUUGGGUUCUGGGCAGCCAACACUCUCCCAUCCCCCUGCUCCCUCCCUCUGUGUGGUCUGCUUGUGUUACACACACCGACGGCAAUAACUUCUUCCAGCUCCUCGAGGAAGUGGGAGAGGCCCGCAGCCUGCCUGGAGGUGGGGAGGUUCUCUCUCUUGCUCUCCCUUCCCUUCUGUCUCGGCUGCAGAGAGCUUUUCCUCCGACUCUCAUUCUCUCGCAGCGGCAUUUCUCAUCCUGUGCCUCCCUUGUGGGUGGGGUCUUGCCUUUUAAUCCUGUGUUUCCGUGUGCCCCUCUCAUGUGCUCCCCGGUAUCAUCUGUCCGUGUGACGGGAACAUGCUUGUAAACUGCCUAACAGAUCUACUUUGUGUAUAUGUGUGUUUAUGGGGGUGGUUUAUUUUUGCUGGCCGCGAGGCCCCUUUGUACGACCAUGCGGAGUCUGAGCAGGCCAGAGGCGGACAGCUGACGUUGGGACCCUCAGCGGUGAGCCUGUUGGGGGGACCCAGCCGCUCUUGGGCAAGUGGCUGAGCUCCUGUCUGGCCUCCUCUUUUUUUUUUUUUUUUUAAGUAUCUUGUGUGUAUUUCUAACUGAUUGUAUUGGAAAAUAAGCCUAGUAUUUCAAUAGAAAUGCCUGUUGUAAGAUGAACCUCCUGUAAGUUCUAUCUGUUCUUUUUUGAGGCUCAGGGAGAAACUAGCUUUUUUUCCCCCCGAAACUACUUUUUGUCACUGUGACAGUUGUAAAUAAAGUUUGAAAAUGCUUUCCA